CCGGAAGGGCGGGCCCUUCCCGGCCGGCGCGGCGGCGGCAUGGAUCGCUCCGAGGCCUACGGCUUCUCCGCCGCCAUGAGCGGCGCCUUCCUGCUUUCGUGUCUGCUCUUCGCGGCCAUCAACCGCCGCCAGCGCGGGCCCUACAUGGACGAGGCCUUCCACGUCCCCCAGGCGCAGGCCUACUGCCACGGCCGCUUCCUCCAGUGGGACCCCAUGAUCACCACGCUCCCGGGCUUGUACCUGGUCUCAGUGGGAGUAGUGAAGCCCGCGGCAUGGCUCUUCGGGUGGACGGGAAGCGUGGUGUGCUCUGCGGGGAUGCUUAGGUUUAUUAACCUCCUUUUCAGUGCUGGGAACUUCUAUUUACUGUAUUUACUUCUGUUCAAGAUCCAUCAGAGAAAUAAGGCAGUGUCUGGUUUCCUGAGAAUCUUGUCUGCAUUAACUCUUGCAAUGUUUCCCACCCUUUACUUCUUUACGUUCCUUUAUUAUACGGACCCAGGAUCAGUAUUUUUUACUCUCUUUGCCUAUUUAAUGUGCCUUUAUGGUAACCAUAAAACUUCAGCUCUCCUUGGAUUUUGUGGCUUCAUGUUUCGUCAGACAAAUAUUGUGUGGACAGUGUUUUGUGCUGGAAACGUUGUUGCAGAGAAGCUAAAUGAAGCCUGGAAGACGGAGUUACAGAAAAAGAAAGAUGAAAAGAUUUCUUCCCGGAAAGGAUCAUUUUCAGAUUUUAUCAGACUGUUGCAGUUUCUUAUCGCAUAUCUCAUAUCACCUAAAAACUUAAUUACACUUACUGGUUUAACAUGGCCAUACAUCAUAUUAGUAACUGUUUUCUUUGGUUUUGUCUUCAUCAAUGGUGGAAUAGUUGUUGGUGACAGAAGUAGCCACGAAGCCUGUUUGCACGUUCCUCAGCUGUUCUAUUUUCUGUCCUUUACUGUCUUUUUUUCAUUCCCUCAUUUAUUGACACCUACUAAAAUCAGGAAAUUCUUUCUGUCAUUAAGAAAGCACCCUGUGCAUUACUGUUUAAUGGCUGUCAUCUCUUUAUUCCUGAUCUGGAAAUUUACCUAUGUUCAUAAGUAUUUACUAGCAGAUAACAGACAUUAUACAUUUUACGUCUGGAGAAAAGUCUUCCAAAGACACGAGGUUGUAAAAUAUGUACUAGUUCCAGUCUACAUAUUUGCGGGCUGGAGUUUUGUUGAUAUGCUAAAAUCAAAAUCAAUCUUCUGGAUCUUAAUGUAUUUUACAUGUUUAUUAGCAGUCACAGUUCCUCAAAAAUUGCUAGAAUUUCGUUACUUUAUUUUGCCAUUCUUAAUAUACAGGCUUAAUAUUCCAUUUCCAUCUCUAUAUAGACAACUUCUGGAGUUGUCUUUUUAUAUUGUUGUGAAUGCUGUAACUUUUUAUCUUUUUCUAAACAGAACAUUCCAAUGGCCAAAUAGUGAUGAAAUCCAGAGGUUUAUGUGGUGAUGUUUGGUUUUUUGUGGGUUUUUUUUGUUUUGUUUUGUUGGGGUUUUUUUUUUUUUGUUUUUUAAUCUUUCAUACCCUUAGGAAAACCCAGUUCCGUUUAAGGACUGUGAACUCUGGAGUGAAGCAAUAUGUUUUGCAUUAUUUAAGGACUUUUUUUUUCCCCAGCUGUGAUUGGGGAAGUAAGCUGUUUGCUUAUAUUCUUGCAACUGAAUGUCAGUUCUGAUAUGUUGUAACAUGAAGAUCCUCCACAUAUUGAAUUUAUGAGCUCCUGGAAUUAACAAAUUCAAUAUGAGGGGAACUCUGAGAACACCUUUCUGUAAUUGAUGUGAAAUAAGGGAGAUGUUUACAGUCAUUUUUCAUUAUAAUAAAAUAUCAAAUAAAAUGCCCUUGAAGGUUUGACAGUUUGUAAGUAUGUUUAAGGGGUUUCUCUUUAAAACAAAGUAUUUCAGUGUUUAACCUUUUUUUUUACCUCUGGGUACAUAUUUAGUACUCGGAUCAAGCCACUUCCAUGUAGAUUUGCUAGUGGUCAGGGUGUGAACCACUACUAACAUGCAAUGUUUUCAAAAUCACCUAUAUCCCACCGAAUUUUCAUGGUUUUUUUGUCAAUAAAUGCUUAUGUUAGUUUUGCAAA